UUACAAUUGUUUCCAUAUAAAUUUAAUUAUAAAAACACAACAAUAAAAUAAACAAAUCAUAAAAAAAUCCAAGCUUAAAUCCUUAAAAUACACCAAUGACUACAAGCACAAACAUAAAAAUCAACAGUAAAUCCUAAAAUAUGACAUUUAAAAUGAAAUAAAAUAUAAAAAAAAUGAACAACAACAAAAAACAUUAGUGCUGAAUAAUGGAAAAUAAGAGGAAAAUGAAAACCAAACAAAUGUCAAUAUAAAUCAAUACAAAUGCAACGACAAUAUAUCAAAAGAAAAAAACAAUAAAACGAUACAGCUAACACAGUAAUAACAACAACAACAACUACUAUAAUAAUAAUAAUAACGGCAUCAACAUAAUCUCUCAAAAAUAAAAACAAAAACAACGAAGAGUAACAGCACAAACAUUAUUAUUGUUAUUAUUAUAUAGAAACAGUAAACUACAAGAAGAAGAAAGAGUAGAGUAGGAAAAUAAAUAAUGCUGCCACCACCCAUAACCACAUCAACAAUGGAUGACGCUAUAAACACAAAUAAAAGUCUGGCUACAAAACAACAACAACAACAGCAAACAAAACAUCAUCAAUCUGCCUUAUUUUCAAAUACUUCUACGACAAAUACGACAACUAAGGAUAUUUCUUCAACCGCCACCAAUUCCUUUCCAACUGUACCAUUUAAUACCAGCAGCAUCAAGAAUUUUUUCAAUAAAACUUUAGCCAACGUGGCUAAAACAAAUCUAAGUGAUUAUACAGCUCAAUAUUCCUCAACUUUGUCUAACUCGGCACCAGCUUCCUCCUCGUCCUACUCCUCCACCUCUUCCGCUUCCACCCAGGCUUUAACAGCUGGGGUUUAUGAUGGUCUUAUAGGUGGCAAAACGGUGGGAGGUGGUGAUAGUGGCGGCAGUGUUGUUGAGCAGGCGAAUGGUUUUGGCAGUUAUGCUGCUGCUGCCGAUAUGGCUGUAUCCUCAUUAUCGAAUGGCAGCCAUCAUUUGGAAACAACAACUGCCUUUCCAACCGCCCAAACGGUGGCAACUUUUAUAGCCGGAAAUAAAAAUCGUGCCACUACAAUAAUUGUUUAUCCCACAGUUUCACCCGAAUCCAUUGUGAUACCCAUAGUAUCGUGCAUUUUCGGUUUCCCCAUAUUGGCAUUUAUUGUCAUCUGCUGUUUAAGACAUCGCGCCAAGCUGGCGAGAGAACGUGAUCGCAGACGCAACUAUGAUAUGCAGGACCAUGCUGUUAGCCUGGUCAGAUUUAGUCCAAUACAUAGGCUUAAUUACCGAUCGUCGCGAGCUAUCAGUCUACGUCCUGAACGAAGCCUAAGCCAGGGCUUUACCUCGCUCGAACUCGAUACGGUGGUGGAGGAACGCUGCAGCGAUGUUGAGCAGACACAAACGGAAAUCCUACAUCCCGAAUCACCCAUGGAAUCCUCUACCAAUUCCUACAAAAUGUCCUUCUCUAGCAGCUAGCAAAUGCCCCUGAAAAUAGCCAGUCCUAUAAAUACAACUACCACAGUCUUGUCCUCAACGUUAACAACAAUAACAACAACCGAGCUGCCCCUGCCCUCUACGGCAAAUCUGAAAACAUCUACUCGCUCGCCCUCCCUAACGCUGAGUUCGAAAUCCAAAUCAGCCGAUAAUACGCAAAGAGUUAAGGUGAAAUAUUUACAAACACAACAUGAAUAUCCCAUGACUACCUUAAGUCCAAGGCAGUUUACCUUGAAGCGGCAAAAGCGUAUCGGAGAACAACGACCGCUGAGACAUAAAAGCAAUCCAAGGGCCUCGUCUAUGCGCAAAUCACGUUCUCUCGAUGCCGAGCACAGUUAUUCGUUAGCCAGCAUACAGUCGCCAUUGUGGGUGACACUCACCAAUGCCAGAACCAUAGAGGAAUUAUCGAGAGAGCAAAUUUGAACUCUUAAAUAAAUUUUGUAUUUUAGAAAACUUAAACGAAACGAACGCUUUUUAAAACCCGAUCAUAGACCAAUCAUAAUUAAUUUAAACUAUAAUAAAUGUUUAGUUUUAAAUGAAAUUUAUGAAAUAAAUUAAAAAUUAUUAGCAUAAUAAGCCCAACAAAACACAGAGUUUCAAAACAA